CAGAUUUCUUUCUUCUCCCAGAACCUGGCGAAGUGGUAACUCUGAAGAUCAGUCGUGCCGUGUCGGACCAUGUGAUUUUGAUGUUCGUCAGAAGCCGCUCUCAUUCGAAAUGACACCGGUCGUACACCAGGAUAAUGAGUUAAAGAAAUUGCUGAAUAAUCCCGCAAAAAAUGCUAACGAGGACGGAUCUAUGGCACCGCCGUUGUCGACCAACGUGCCGAGGCCCAGCACAUCGCAAAAUGUUAACCCGCAAUCGAUGAUGAGCCCGAUAGCGCUCGUUCACGGCACGAACGAAGUUCAGGAACCAGUUCUGCAAAACGUAGUGUCCACAGUCGACUUAAAAGUAGAACUGAAGCUCAUGUAUAUAAAUGUAAGGACGAGGAACUCUGAGUACAAUCCAGCCAGAUUCACCGGAUUGGUAAUGAGGAUACAAAAUCCCAGAGCGACCGCAUUAAUCUUCAGGUCAGGCAAAAUAGUGUGCACCGGUGCGAAAAACGAGGACGAGUCAUUGCUGGCGACGAAAAAGUUCGCCAAGAUAAUCCAAAAGCUCGGAUACCCUGUGAAGUUCACUUCUUUUAAGAUACAAAACAUCGUUGCGACGUGUGACUUGAAGUUUCCGAUUCAAUUGGAAAUGUUAAACCAAAAACACGGUCAAUUCUCGAGCUACGAGCCGGAAUUGUAUCCAGGUUUGACGUACAGGAUGUUGAAGCCUAGAGUAGUAUUAUUGAUAUUUGUGAACGGCAAAGUUGUGAUAACAGGGGCUAAAAAGCGGGAAGACCUGCAUGAGGCGUUGCAUCAUAUUUAUCCGAUAUUGAAGAGCUUUAGAAAGAAUGUAUUGUUUGCUCAUGAACAAAACAAAUAUUACGAUGAGUGAAGCGACAUAACACAAAAAUUAUUAAGUGAAAGAGAGAGAGAGAGAGAGAGAGCGCUGUGCAUUUCCAGUUACCUGAUAAUCCUAGAUAUAUAGCAAGAUAAUUAAGUAAAAUGCAAGAAGUCAGCGUUUUAUACAUUUGUACGUUUUUUGUAAUAAGAAUGUGAUAUAGGGGAGGCCGUAAAAUCUUGUUUUUAUUAAGUUUACGAGAUUACUGUCUCUUUCUUACGUCGAUCCUGCGAUCCACGCGAAUGAUGUUAUUUAAUAUGGUCGCUAAGGAUAUAUUUUCACUAAGCAUUAGAGCUAUAAGUUAUAUAUAGCUGUGUAAUAAACUCUCUAUAUCUCUUGUGCACGUUUUGAAGAAAUACACAGUUGUGAUGUGAUAAAAAUUGCGAUUAGGAAAACUGUAAAAGAAUAAUCGUUGCUUUUUAUAACAUGCGGUAAUUUGCACAAUAUAAAUUUCCAACGAUAAAUGCCGAAAGAGUGAUACGACUAAUAAGGACACCAUGUACCAUUCUUUAUUGUUAAAAUAUAUAUUUCAGAGACUUUACACAAUGAAAAUAAGCAUCGAUAUCGAUAUACUAUAUCAAAGUAAAAUAUAACGGACAAACAAUCGAUAACGUAUGUUGGGUGGACAGUUUUUUUUAUACAAUGUCCCGCUACAUCGGAAUCAUUUGGAAUGUAUACGUGGCGACGUCAAGUAGUAGGCUUUCCUUUGUGUUUCUGCAAAAUUUCAACCUACAUCUGGAUAUGUUGGAAUUUAACGGGGUAAACUCGUAGGAGUUCUAACGCCGGUGAACCUUGUGAAACUGCGUCCUGCGUGUCCCGUCGAGUCGAGAAAAAAAAAUCAAAAAGAACACCAUACCAAAAGUGGUUGCACUCGCAUCGUAAACCGAAGUAAUCUGUAACUGUUGCGUGUGGACAUACAAUUUUUAUGAUUACGGUUAAACUGUACACAUCUGUAUAUAAUUACAUGCUUCUGGCAAAAUCUCUA